AUGGUAUACACACCCAAGGAAAAAAACAUCCGCCUCGAAAGACACAGCGCGGGAAAGACUCAAGCCUAUGGUGAUUCAAGUGUGCGCGCAGGAACAGGGAAAUUCAAUUGGGGCAAUAAGACGACAGAUGCCACUGCUGCAGAUUGCAAUCCCAUGGAUAAAAAAGACCCUAUGUAUGAUAGCGAAAUUGAAAUAACCAACAAAGACGAGAAAAAAAUAAAAUAA